ACGUCACAACUCGCAAUCUUGGAGCGCACAAAACUCCUCAUGACAGCGACCGCCGCCCGCUAGUCAUCAUGCCGGAGAAAAAGGUUUCUGUGCUCUUUGUUUGCCUCGGCAAUAUUUGUCGGUCGACCAUGGCCGAGGGUGUCUUCCGUGAGAUCGCCAAGGAGCCGCAGUACAAAGACCUCAUUGGGAGGGUUGAUUCGUCAGGCACUGGGGCUUAUCAUAUUGGAGAGGGUCCUGACCACAGGACAAUGUCGACGUUGGAGGCUCACGGCAUCACCGACUAUGUGCACCACGCGCGCAAGGUACGUCUCUCCGACUUUGACGACUUUGACUACGUCUUCGCCAUGGACCGCCACAACCUGCGCGACCUCGAAAGCCUACAGCAGCGCGGCAAGCCGGACUCGCGCGCCAGGGUCCAGCUCUGGGGCGAGUACUCGGGUUCGAAGAAGGCGGAGGAGGUGGACGAUCCCUACUACGGCGGCAAGCAGGGGUUCCAGACUGCGUACGAGCAGUGCACGCGGUUCUCCCGCAACUUCCUCGCUGAUGUUUUCCCCCACGUCAAGACGGCCUAAGCCUGGCUGGUGAGGCGGGCACCAGGUGGAAGGACGGGGGCUAUCUAUUUUGUUGUGCGAUGGCCGGGCCGUCGUGUGUGUAUGUGGUGUUGCUAUAGACGGAGAUACCCAACAAUGCAUGGCAAUAAAUC